AAUGUUUGGUUGUUGGUGGACGUGCAUAAUGAGCAGGAGUUUGCUUGUAAAGUGCUGAAUAGGGACGUGUGGUAUGACGAGAGGAUCAAGACGCUCAUCAGGGAGAACUUCAUUUUCUGGCAGGUACCAAUGAAGUCUGAGGAAGGGGAAAGAUUCCUUAACUUUUAUCCUGUGGAGAAAUGGCCCAGUUAUUGUGUGAUUGAUCCAAGGACUGGGGAAAGGCUGGUGACAUGGGACACUACAGAUGCUGAUGUGGUCUAUCAGCUGCUCAAUGACUUCCUGGGAGACAGGCCAAAUCCUAAUGAUGCUGAUGAGCCAAAGCAAACAGUGGCUGAAGUGUCUAAAAAUAUCAGCAAGAUUGAGUUGAAUGGGAAACCAGGAUCAACUUCUGGGAAGUUGAUGGUGAGUUAACUGAAUUAGUCACCAUUUUAUUUUGAGUCAAGUUCUCUUGGGGAGC